AUGCAGGGAGGCCCAGGUUCCCGACAGAUGAACUUCUUCAUCCGGGAGACCGGCAAGGAGUCGCCGAGACACGACAAUGGGACGAUCCUAACCGACGACGAGCGGGGACGCGCGAAUCGCGGCGCCAAUGAGGAAAAGGCACAAAAGUGUGCCGACAAGGCCGCAAAAAAGGCCUUGAAGAAGGAGGCACAGAAGCCAAUGGAGCCUGGCCAGCGCGUUGUUCUCACAGGGCUGGUGGACCAUCCGGACUUCAACGGCAAGGAGGGCAUCAUUCAAAGAUUCGAUUCGACUCUUCAAGUCUACGAAGUCCGCGUGCACGGCGGGCAGAAGCCUGUCUUGGUCAAGGUUGCCUGCAACCAUGUUUCGCGCUUGGACAGCGCCAAGGAGUCACAGGGGGAGCCUCCUCUCUCCCUGGCGUUGGCACUACAGGAUGAGGAUCAGCUUCUCUCACCACCGAGCAACCGAUCGGCCAUUACUAGAUCAAAUUCGCUGCUUGCGAAAAUUCUUCUGCCCUACUGCCGGCAGGUGGCUAACCACCCGAAGAAGCUCAUGACCUUCUACGCUACGGCAGUGCUUGUACCCUUGGCCAUCUUCAUUGUGCUGCGGGGCUUUGCUCUGGAGUCGGACUUUAGCUUUGAUGCAACGCUUGGGCUGCCAUCCUUCAAGGACUCUGACGACUACUUCGCUUGGCAGAUUUCGGUAUACCGGCCUGUCAACGACGUGCCGCAGGAGGACAAGGAGCGCCUUGGCUACGGGCCCUUCUCCACACUCUGGCGGCCUCACCCGGUUGAUUCCAGAAACUGCUCGGCAUCCACAAGCCUUUCAAGCGCUUCUUCUACCAAGAUGUCAUCUACCACGAUGAGCUCCCGCAUCACAAGUUCAACUUCGGCCACCUCCAGCAUCACAAGCAUGACUGAGCUAGCACUUCUUACCCAGGAUGAGCCCGGCAAGAAGGACAAGGAGCGCCUUGGCUACGGGCCCUUCUCCACACUCUGGCGGCCUCACCCGGUUGAUUCCAGAAACUGCUCGGCAUCCACAAGCCUUUCAAGCGCUUCUUCUACCAAGAUGUCAUCUACCACGAUGAGCUCCCGCAUCACAAGUUCAACUUCGGCCACCUCCAGCAUCACAAGCAUGACUGAGCUAGCACUUCUUACCCAGGAUGAGCCCGGCAAGAAGGACAAGGAGCGCGUUGGCUACGGGCCCUUCUCGACACUCUGGCGGCCUCACCCGGUUGAUUCCAGAAACUGCUCGGAGUAUGCUGACUUGGACUACGAGCUCGUCCUCGAAAACCUCUCAUCGUGCAGCCUUCUGGGGGAUCAGCCCAGCGACUGCCAGGUGGGCACCUGCUUACUGGUACUGGCGACGGCCUUUUGCGUGGGGGUCCUGUUCUUCGUUCUCAACUUGAAGGAAUCUGACCAGCGAGUGGUCCGCAUUGAGGAAGAACCCGGCGACAUCCUGGAGGUGGCGAACGGGCACCCCGAGAAGGAGGGCGAGGAUGUGGCACAGAUGUCCGAUGGCUGGGGAGACUUCGCCCUUGACGACGAGGCAGAGCCCGAAGUGGUCCACAAGGUACCAUCUGUUCCGGGGCCCGCGGCCACCGCUGAGGACCACUUCGUCCGCUAUCCAGAGCUGGAGCAGCAGAAAGGCCUUGAGGAGGAGGCGAGCCACCCCAGUGCUUCGUCCAGCUCCAUGCCAAGCGAAAUUGACGCACCUCCGACCUUGUUCACGCGAGAGGAGCAGGAGGAGGUCGUAGACGCCGUGUACGAGGCGUACCAUUGGCAGAAUGACAUGGCACUGCCAGAUCUGCCUUUGCUUCGCCGUCUUGAUUUGCCUGGCAUUGCUCGCCUCGUUCACGUGCCUUCAUCGAAGCCGAAUAGGUGA